CAUCUCUAGGGCGGCGUUAGUCUUGAGAAUUUCUACAGGGCGGAGCAGGAUGAAAAGAAAAGGCUACGACGUUGAAAAUCUACGGGAGGAAAAACGGAACGGAGACGACAAUUUUUGCCUCUGAUGACGCAUAUGUGUAUUCCCUCCUCUAGUUACGAUGUCACACCUCACUGAAAACGAACAGCAGUUCAUGAAGGAAUUCCUCAAAUUAAUGAGCGAUGAAAAUGUUCAAGCCUUAAUGUCCACUGUCACUCGCCGAAUGGUGAAAGCAGACAGCAGAGAGGCCUGUGUUGAAGCAAUUCUUUUGCAUUCAGCGUCUCUCGAUGAAUUCUUGAAACGCCAGAAAGUGACCAAGGAAAAUUUAUUUAAGUACCUGAAUGAAAGGAAAAUAUCAGUUCCUAACACUGACAAAGCAGCACUAGAGCUGCAAAUUAAGGAACUUGUCAGUAAGGGAAGCCUUAACCAUGCCCCCACCCAUCGAAGUACGGGAAAAGAUGUAGUUCCGACAUCACCUUGGGGAGUGGCUGAACAUGUAAACAACCCAAUUGCACCGAUGCAGAUAACAAAUCAUCAUCCCUUUGGUGAUCAAAAUCUUCCUAGUGCUGCACAGCUUUACCUAGCAGCUACAUCAGCCACAAAAAUUACCGUGCAGGAAAGAGUUACCACAACAACUUAUAGUCAAGUGAGUGGUGUGAGUAUUUUCAGCAGUAUGCCUGAGCCAGUUCCAAGAGAUUCAGCUAUAAUUAGCGAAUUUGCGAACUGGUUCUACAAGCGAGUCAAUCAGCCUGGGGGACUAGUCCCUGACGACUUCUGGCCGGAUGCAAAUAUUAAUCUUAUAGUGAAACGUAAAGCUGACUCAGAUUACAAAGCUGCACAGGGUGGAGCAAAUGUUUCUGCCUUGUUGAAUCAAAUCUUGGUGGAGCACCAGUUGUUCUUAAAUCCUAACACAAGUCCAGAAGGCAUCUGGGGCAGAGGAAAUGUUAGUGGUCUUUUAUUAGUUCUGGUCUGUGGUACUUUGCAUCAACGACCAGCUGCAACUCGCCCAACUCUUUCUGUUUGUGAUAGCCCCCUGGGUGUAUUUGAAAACUUAUUCUUACUAGCUCAAGAUCCUUGCGCUGAAGACAACUGGAAAAUAAAAACAUUAGAGGUCAUAUUGCGAAGUAAUCCUCACAUUCAGCAACCUCCCACAGUAGCGGAUUCAGAACUUGCAAAAACCAUUAGAUUAUAAGGUUUGUCUGUUGUUUCUUUUUAAGAAGAUUAAAGAAUCAGUUUUGUGCACAGAAAUGAUUUUGUUUACAACUCUUUGACUUGUCUUCCUUAGUCAAUUUUCAAAUCAAUCCCUGUGGUCUUCUUUAUUUUAUGUGUCAAACUUUUCUUUAAUGUAAAUAGUUUUUUGCAUGUUCCUCCUUUGCUGUAUUAAAUAGUCUUGACUUGUUAUUUCUUGUGUUGCCUGUGCUUGUUCUGUUAGUUGGUUAUUUUAAAAGUUGGAGUAAAAAUAUUUCUAGACAUAAACUCUUUCUUUUUAGCUUGGACCAUUUUUCAAAUUUUUUUGAGUAGAAGAACAAGUAGAGGGUUUUGAGCUCUUUUAGAGUUGUAAGUCUGAUAUCUUCUGAAACUGAUUGAAUAAUUCAAAACUGUGAUGUCUAGGACUAAAGUUGAUUAAGUUUUGCAGAACCACUUUUUUUUCUCACCUCAAGAUGCAUCACAAGUUUGCUAAAAAGUUUGUUUUUUGUUUGCUUUUUAUAAAUGAGUGCUGAUUUAUCUUAUUUUUUGUCCUACCUGCUCUGUGUAAUGAAAUCGAACCAGGGAAAGUCAUUUUUUAAAAUAUCAAUUUUGCAGAAGUCGGGCCUUGACAUUUAUUUGAAUACUAUGAGUAAUGGUCACUGUAAGUGCCAUUGAAACUGAUACAUUGAAGUGUUAAGGAUGAUAGAUUUGUGAUAUUGUUAGGUUUUUAUACUUAUUUACUUGCACAGUUUGGCAAUGCCAGUUGAUUCUUCCCAUUGUUUUCGGGCAGAAGAAAUUCUUAAAAAUCAAUGUCUGCUUGUGUGCUGCGCAACCAAGGUGUUUCGACACCAGAGCUUUAUUGUGUUUAAAAACAACAAUGUCUCUGAUGCAUAGUAUGUGAGCAAAGUGUAAAUCUUUGUGAAGUACCACUGUACUUGAAAAGUAAACAAACUUAUGUACCAGCGUUGAUUAUGAGUGGAACAUUUAAUAAAUGAGAAUAUUCUA